UUUACAAUGGGCGUAUUCUCUAACUCUGUUAUUAGUGGCGUUUCUGCUGGAAAUGGGUGCAAGCCUGAGUGCAGUCACAAAGGAUGGAGAUACGCCCCUGCACUUUGCUGCACGCUACAAUCGACUCAAAAUGGCGCGAUUCUUGUCUUUGAUGGGUGCGGAUAUCAACUCUACAAACCUGCAACAAGAGACGCCCCUGCAUGUAACCAUCGUUAGCCAUAGUCUGGACGUAGCCAAAGUUCUCAUCAAGAACAAGGCCAGCGUUACGGUGAAGGACGUGCAAGGGAUGACGUCACUACACUUAGCUGUGAUGGCGGGGAAACUGGAGCUUGUCAGGCUGCUCCUAGAGACCAACUCCACCCAGGUUAACAGCAAGAAAACAGUUCUAGGAAGGACCCCGCUGCUGUUGGCCUGCUCCAGCAACCAGUCCAAGAUGGUGGCCCUACUGCUGACCUUUGGAGCAGACACGACCUUGACCACCGUCUACCGGAAGUCUGUCCUCCACGUGGCUGCUACUUCUGGAUCCCCUGGGGUUCUAUCGACAAUCAUGAGAAGUUCGCCCAAUCCAAAUCUUCUGGCGAUAAAUAAUCAAACUCCCCUGCACUGUGCAGCUGUCAGGGGCGAUGCCACUAUCAUCAAGAUGCUGCUGGACGCAGGGGUCAAGGCCAACAUGAAAGACUUUGACGGCAACACAGCUCUACAUCUAGCAGCCCUGGCUGGUAACAAUGACGCAAUCAACGUUCUGAUCCAGCACGGCAUGCAGGUGAACCUCACCAACUUGCUGCAACAAACACCCCUGCAUCUAGCCUCCAUGGCAGGCCAUACCAAGACCUGCUCACUGCUUGCCAACGCCGGCUGUGAUGAUAACAGUCUGGAUCUCCAUCAAAUGAAAGCUGACAUCUAUCUGGACAAGUCCGAUCGUCAACCUCACCAACAGACAGAUGUUGUUUUUGGAGUGAAAAGGGAAGCCAUUGCCGUACGUUUCUACAACUGUAAUUCUACACAUCUUCAGGGGAUCUAA